AAACUUGUAUCUCUUCUUCAUCACCCUUUGGAAAAAACGGUCUGUCUUCUCGUCUUGAUUCUGAAGAAAAUGACGAGCCUGCUUUCUUUCUCAUUCUUUCUUCUGUUUAUGUUCUUCCUUCAUUGCAGAAAAACUUCUGCUCAAGCGCCACCAGCAUCAGGUCCCCCCAACAUUACAGCAAUCCUUGAAAAGGGUGGUCAAUUUACUAUGUUUAUUCGGCUGCUGGAAAGCACACAACAAGACGAUCAAAUCAACACACAGCUAAACAACACAAACCAGGGCCUCACAGUGUUUGCGCCCGCUGAUAACGCCUUUUCGAGUCUCAAAUCAGGCACAAUCAACUCACUUAGCGACCAAGAAAAGGUCAGGCUAGUACAAUUCCAUGUUCUCCCAACUUUGAUGACCAUGUCACAGUUCCAAACUGCGAGCAACCCGCUGCGUACACAGGCGGGGAACAGCGACGCCGGCGAGUACCCUCUCAAUGUCACAACUGCAGGGAAUCAAGUGAACUUAACUACAGGAGUUGAUGAUGCAACUGUGGCUAACAGUGUGUUUUCUAGCGCCAAUUUAGCCGUGUAUCAGGUUGACAAGGUGCUCCUUCCAUUGGAUAUUUUCGGGACUAGUGCUUCGCCGGCUCCUGCACCUUCGAAGCCGGAGAAGGAGCUUCCGGCAGAUACUCCGAAAGGGUCUUCCGCUGAUGCCACCAAAGUCGAUACUUCUGCAGCUGCAUUAAGUUUGAAUCAUCGUGCACUAACAGUUGUAUCCUUAGGAGUUACAAUUUUUGCAGCGGUUGCUUUCAGGCCAUGAUUUUGUUUCCAUUGGUGUUGAAAUUUUAAAUUUUUAUGUGUUGAUUACCAAGAGUUCUUUGAAUUAUUGUGUUACAUAAAAAUACUGAACUCGAUUAUAUCC